AUGAUUGAUGGCAUUCGAACUCCGCCCACCACGCUCCGAGUGAAGCGAAAGCGAGGCCAGGAUCCCUUGCAGGCGUUGCUCGUCGACAGUCUCAAGAAGAACAACAAGACACCCUAUGUCUUCACAUAUUCAGGAACUGAGGAAACACAACCGGCCAAAAAUGAUACCGUGCUGCUGGAGGAGCAUAUGCGACAGGAACAGGCUGGAGCAGGCACACAAAAGCGACGCCAGAGUGUAACGGUUGACGAAAAUGACCCUGAUAGCAGACGGAUAUUCCGUCUUCCUCGAGCCAAGAAGCAGAAGCGGCGCCAAAGCAGUGAUGCUGGAGUCUCAGCUGCCCUCACAGACAUGGUUCAGAACUACCUACAGAUGGAGCCAAGUAGCAACAGCAGCUCAGCUGGCAAAACUGUGAUCACACCAGAGGACUUGCCUCCAGCAGUUGAUGAAGAUACCGAAAUGACUUCCGAAGAGGCAUCCAACAUGAAGGGUCCACUGGCUGAUUCGCUGGACCCGGAUGCCGAGGUGGAAGACUACGUCUAUGAUAUUUAUUACCGGCACCGAAACGCUGCCACCACAAGUUACGAGGGCCAACGCAUUGGUUUCAUGUGA